AUGAACUUCAUCGGUUCGGGCGUAGUCUUCCACGUCCCAAGUUUCUUCAGCGAGCUCCGGGAGCUCGAGGAAAAGGGCCUGACUGCGGUACAUGAUCGGAUCCUUGUUUCCGACAGGGUCAAUGUCCUCUUGGACCUGCACAUGGCAGUGGAUGGUCUUGAGGAGAGGGAACUCGGAGACGCAGCUAUUGGAACAACAAGACGCGGCAUUGGUCCCUGCUAUCAGACCAGCAGAGCGCGAACUGGCAUCAAAUUGACUGACGUCUUCUACCCUGACCUUUUCAAGCAGAAGGAAUAUCACAGAGACAAUUGGAGUGGUCAAGGCUUAUACUACCCGUGUCGGGGCGGGGGCCUUCAAGACCGAAGAUACGGAGAGAUUGGCACCAAGGUCCAGGAGAUUGGACGCGAAUGGGGAACGUCGACUGGCCGCAGACGCCGAUGUGGAUGGCUCGACCUUGUUGUUGUCAACUACAGUAACUCGAUCAACUACUAUACCAGCCUGAAUCUCACGAAGCUCGACGUUUUGGAUACUUUCGAAACGAUCAAAAUCGCCAUCGCUUACAAGAUCGACGGAGAGGAACUGGACUCUUACCCCGCGGAUCUCGACAUCCUGAACCGAGCUGAGGUGGUUUACCACGAGAUGCCAGGCUGGCAAAGGCCGACUACUAACGCGAGGACCUACUACGAUCUCCCCAAGGCGGCCCGCGAUUACGUUGAGUACAUCGAGAAGUUUGUCGGAGUCAAGAUCAAGUACAUCGGCACUGGUCCUGACCGUGAGGCCAUGAUCCAGCGCCCCUGA